AUGGCCAUUGAGAAUGCAGGACCAGAUUAUCCAGUUCGAUCAACCUUGGUACUACCUCUCAUCCCAACUCACAUCCGCGUGGUCAAUAUAUUCCUGCGUAGCAUCAUGAGUAGAACAUUAGUUAUGAAGGAGGAAUAUGCAAUUCCUCUGAAAGGUCUUUGGCUUAUAUUAGAAUCGGAUUUGCUACCGACAAUUCGGAUUUCAUACAUGGCAUUUAAUAAUCAUGUAGUGGUAGGCAUCCUUCAGUCUCGGGAGACUAUGGAGCAGCGCUCUGGUUGCUCUCCAGGGCGCAAAGCCUGGAAGGGACCCAAAAGAAGGGACCCAAAAGAAGGGACCCAAAAGAAGGGACCCAAAAGAAGGGACACAAAAGAAGGGACCCAAAAGAAGGGACCCAAAAGAAGGAACCCAAAAGAAGGGACCCAAAAGAAGGGACCCAAAAGAAGGGACACAAAAGAAGGGACCCAAAAGAAGGGACACAAAAGAAGGGACCCAAAAGAAGGGACCCAAAAGAAGGGACACAAAAGAAGGGACCCAAAAGAAGGGACCCAAAAGAAGGGACCCAAAAGAAGGGACCCAAAAGAAGGGACCCAAAAGAAGGGACCCAAAAGAAGGGACACAAAAGAAGGGACCCAAAAGAAGGGACCCAAAAGAAGGGACCCAAAAGAAGGGACCCAAAAGAAGGGACACAAAAGAAGGGACCCAAAAGAAGGGACCCAAAAGAAGGGACCCAAAAGAAGGGACCCAAAAGAAGGGACCCAAAAGAAGGGACCCAAAAGAAGGGACCCAAAAGAAGGGACCCAAAAGAAGGGACCCAAAAGAAGGGACACAAAAGAAGGGACCCAAAAGAAGGGACCCAAAAGAAGGGACCCAAAAGAAGGGACCCAAAAGAAGGGACCCAAAAGAAGGGACCCAAAAGAAGGGACCCAAAAGAAGGGACCCAAAAGAAGGGACCCAAAAGAAGGAACCCAAAAGAAGGGACCCAAAAGAAGGGACCCAAAAGAAGGGACCCAAAAGAAGGGACCCAAAAGAAGGGACCCAAAAGAAGGGACCCAAAAGAAGGGUAUGGCGGCACGGCAGCAAGAAGAAUCAGCAGAAGAAGAAUCAGCAGAAGAAGAAUCAGCAGAAGAAGAACCAGCAGAAGAAGAAUCAGCAGAAGAAGAAUCAGCAGAAGAAGAACCAGCAGAAGCAGAACCAGCAGAAACGCAUAUGGAACCAUGCGUUUCAACCUUCCUGUUAAUGCACGCGUUUGCUGCAGCUAAACUACAUCCACCUCAUUCACCUCAGCCUUUUAGAAUGUUGAAUGGAUCAACAAAACGUCUUUUUGCAUCAAGCUUUAAUAAAGGUGUAACAUUAUCAUUGGAGAG